CUCUGAGGCCAAGACUAACAGAUAUAGACAUACACAUUCUGGGCAAUCUGAACAGGGGAAAGGCUAAGAGCGACACUCAUACACUGUUUGGGAAAUUCGACGAAAUCCUUCCAAUACUGAUACAGGUAUUCCUAUCUCAAGUGACCACAGAGAAAUAGAAACAGAGGGGAAAAACGAAACUUUUGGUGUCUCUUCAAAAUGUGCUUCUGGAUGGUGGGAGUUCUGUGUGUGCUGAUGUGUUUGGGAAAUCAUCAGGCUCAAGAAGCCAACCCAGCCAUCUCCAUGCCGGACAGAAUCAGAGUGGCUCUGGCAGGAGAAACGGUCCAUUACAAACUCAGAGUGACCAUCCCAAUGAAUCAGAGCUCCAGCGACUUAGUCUGCUCUGGGCCUCCAGACCAAAAGAAGAUAAAAGAAUGGAAUAUUCUAUUUUCUCCUGAAACAAAAACAAGCAUAUUUAAUUGGGAAAUAACAGCAUAUAACAGUUCGUACUCAGGAGAGUAUAACUGUAAGUAUAAAGAUGUGGAGAUCUUCUGGACCCUUCUGGUGAAAGACGAGGGGUACUGGCAGCCUUACUCUGGUUUCAGCCUUUUCAUCGUGUUGGGGGCUCUUACCACAGGCCUCCUCAUCUUCAGUGUGAUCGGCUCCAUAUAUGUGUUCAAAAGCGAAUGGGGUCAAUUUAUAUUGAAGAAUGGAAGUACCGGUAGUGGAGUAAGCAGAAUGAAUAGAGGGGAGAAUGAAGAGGAGGAGGAGAACAGUAAAACAUCAGUGAAUGCAGCUGCCUCUGCUUCAGUUUACGCUAGUCUAGAGUCUCGGCCAGCAUCUGUCUAUGAGGUCUUGACCCCAGGAGCAUCAGCAGCAGCAGUAAACCGUGAAUCUGUCCAGAGGAAAGUCAAAGCAAAGAGAAAGUCAAAGGAAUCGAUGGAGAAUGCAACGCCGCAAGGGGAAGGAAUAUUUGAAUGCGUCUAUGAGAAUUUCUGACCUACUGGCAUCUGCACUGUGUUUGGGAAUCUAUAUGCCUCUAUUUUCCUGCCUUUGCAAUCUCUCUUGUUCUUUUACACAGACCUAAAAUCACGUAUGUAUUUUACCCUGCAGCUUCGUGACUUCUGUUGAAAAUAAACUGCUGUGUCUCUGGUUGUUAUCAUCACG